AUGACAUCGUCGUCAUCAACAACACAUCAUUUAUUCGAUCGUCCUGAGUUACUUGAUAAUCAAACUCGUUUAAUUUUAUCUGCUGAUGCUAAACCCAAGCGACUUAAUCGUAGUGCCACACGGUCAGCGGGCAUACCUGGUAUACUUGAACGUUCAGAUUCCGUUGGUAGUGGAUUGAUUAUUCAAGAAACUGACGAUGAUGAUGUUGAUGAAAAUGUUGAAAUGAAUAAUGAAGACUUUUAUAUGAAUCGAAAAGGAUCAAUGCUGCAGAAUGAUUCUAAUUAUGAUACAGACAUCGAACAAGAACAAGAACCAACGAAAGAUUAUUCAUGUCAGGGUCUGUAUUUAGAACAAUGCCGUCGUCAUGGUGUUAUACCGUCAACACAUUUUUUACGUCACCUUAACAAUGAGACAUUAGCAAUACGCUAUUGCGGUUUGAAACCUAUUAAUAUUAAAGUUAUGGUGCCCUCAUUGAAAGUUAACACAAGAAUAACCAAGCUUGAUUUAAGAGAAAAUGGUUUAGGAUCUCGUGGCGCUGUCUAUAUAUCGCAAUUGCUUCAAGAAAACGAAUAUAUUGUCGAGUUAGAUCUUUCAAGUAAUGAUAUUGGUUUGCAAGGUUGUAAAGCUCUAUGCCGAGUACUUCGUUUAAAUCGAACAAUACGCACGUUGAAUAUGGAGGGCAAUCGUUUCAAUGAUGAUUGUGCACCACAUUUUGCUGAAGUAUUGACACAAAAUGAAUAUCUUACUCACAUAAAUUUAAACAAGAAUUUAUUCGAAAAUGAAUCAUCUGGUCGCCUUCUUGGACAAUCGUUAGCUGAAAAUCAAACUAUUGAAGAAUUUUAUUUUGGUUGGAAUCAUUUACGUUCAAAAGCAUGUGGUUUCUUUAUAAAACCACUUGCAUCAAAUGCACGUUUGACUGUUCUCGAUUUAUCAUGGAAUGGAUGUGGCCUAUUGGCUGCUAAAGCCAUAUUUGAAUUGUUGAGAAAGAAUACGACGUUAGAAAAACUCUAUUUAGAUCAUAAUCAAUUUAAUACUGAAUGUGCGGCAUACAUUGGAAAAGGCUUAGCUAAGAAUGAAACAUUGAAAAUCUUAACAUUACAAGGAAAUCCACUUGAAUCAAGUGGUUGCUAUGCUGUGCUCCGUCCUCUCCUAAAGCAGCCGACAUCACAACUCCAAGUUAUUGACUUACGCGGAAUUAUUGUGAACAAAGAUUUUGUUGAUUUAGUAACUGAACUUUCACCAAUAUUACCACAGCUGAAAAUUAAAUUAGGCAGAGAAAAAGAAAAUGAAUUAAUUGAAUAA